AUGUCCGGCCGCCGUUCCGCCGCCUCUGGCCUGCCACCUGCGCCGGCCGCUGCCUGUGAUUCGAGUGCCGCGCGCCGCCCGCGCCUGCUGCCCAUAAAACCCGCUGCUCCCGACCUGCCCGCCGCCGCCUGUCCGCCGCUCAGCGAGCGCGACUCCAUCUUCGCCACGCAUUACCAGCUCGACGCGGAGCCCGCCCACAGCCCUCAGCCGCCGCCGUCUGCCACGCCCGCGACGCCUGUGCUGCCCGCCCGUCGCCAUGUCAGCGCUCUGUCCGCUUCGCUGCAGACGUCGUCGUCCCGCGACCACUCCCGCCCUCUCUCCCCCGUAGCUGCCCCGCCCGGGCCCGCGAUGCUGCUCGCCGACCGUCUGUUUGCGCCCCCCAGUGGCCCGUUGGCGUCGUCGUCGUCGUUGUCGUCCGUGUCUGCGUCUGCGUCCGCGUCUUCUGCGUCUGCCGCCCUGCGCCCGCCGCUGCACGACACCAGUGCCCGCCCGUCGCGCGUCGAGAAGGCCUUCGAAGCCAGCCUGGCAAACGCAGAACCCGCGUCGAAUGUGCGCAGCCGCAAGUCCAGCCACUACCUGGGCCUGUUUAAAGAGAACACGGCCGCCGCUGCUGCCGACCGGAGGAAGCAGGACCAGUAUCAAUCUGCCCGCCCGCAGCAACCGCCAUACACUACGCACCACCAGCAGCAGCAGCAGCUGCAGCAGCAGCAGCUGCAGCAGCAGCAGGCACAGGCCUCCCGCUCCGCUCCGCUGCGCGCCUUCCCCCCAGAGCCCAUGGCGCCCCCGCCGCCCGUCCGCGUCCGCCCCGCCGUCACGCCCCGCUCGCCGCCGCCGCCCGCCCUCGUCCCGCUCGCCCAAUCGGGCGCUGUGCGACCCCCCAAGCCCCGGCUGUUCGACUCCCCGUCUCGCUGCCGUCUGCCCGCGCGGCGUGAUGGCCCCGUCAUGCUGCCCUACGCCGUCGACGGUGCUGCUGACUGGCAGGAGCCCCCGCGUCCGCGCCUACCCUCGCCUACCCACGAAGACGACGACGACGACGAAGACGAAGACGAAGACGGGACGGAGCGUAUCGCCUCAGCUCUGUACUUUCCACACCAGCGCCCCCUCGACGACGAGCCCUCGCUCGCCCUGCUGGAGAACCACCUGGCAGACAACGACGACGACGACGACGAGCAGGGUGUCGACACGCCGCCAGACCACAAUGACCGGGCCAUGGUGGCCGCAAGAGCUACUCUCCACGCCAAAUCCCCCGAGACCGAUGUCUCCAACCAUGUCGACAUCGCCCUGCGCUCCAGAGACGACAAGAAGAUCCUGCUGGGAGAGAUCAGACCGCCCAUCCAUGACGACAACCACUCCCUCACCUCCGUCUCAGAGUUCGAGAUGGACUCCAUUUCUGAAUCAGAGCCCUUCUCCGCCGACGAGAGCGCCUUGUCCAGCAAGGAGGACGAUUCUAGCCUGACCGACGACACCAGCACCACCCCCAAGACCGCCCUCCUGGCCGACAAACGCACCGCUCACCUGCGAAAACACACCCAGCACACCCAGCCCGCGCCAGCUCCCCUGGGCGCCGUGGAGCUCAAGCCCUAUCGACACCAGGUGGGCGGCCACACCACCGUAUUCCGCUUCUCACGACGCGCCGUCUGUAAACAGCUCAACAACCGCGAAAACCAAUUCUACGAGAGAAUCGAACGUCGACAUCCGGAGAUGUUGAUAUUCCUUGCCAAGUACAUUGGCGUCCUGAACGUCACAUUCUCCAAAGCCCCGAAACGCCCGAAACACAAUGCGGACGAGUCUCAAGGCAAUGGCACAGAAGAUGCCUCGAAAACGCCCUCCACUCCGCGAGAGAAAGGAGGAAAGGAUACCACACCCGCAAAAGGCCCGGGUGGCUCGCCAAGAAUCUUCAGUCAACAGCAAGUCACUGGCGUUGUGCCGAAAGUGAUCUUAGAGAAUAACCGUCAUAUCAUUCCCAUAGACUUGUUCAUGACUCCCCCGUCCCCCGCGAACGGCAGAGUUGCGCAGCAACACUCCCCUGCCGACACACCCCAAGCGAACAUUAUCUGCUCUCCUCCCACACCACUCAUCCCCGGCGGCAGAAGCAGCGAAGUCAGCUGGGGUGCCACCACCGUUAACACCAAACUACAAGAGCAAGUGCUGCGCGAAGUAUUUGCUCCACCAACUAUCCAUCGUCACCGUCGGCAUACUAAAGGUCACGGAACGCUUCCAAAACUACGACCUACCACAACUCACCCGCCAGAUCGCCCACAAAUCUGUCUUUUUCCACCCGAGCCGGAAGGUGAAUGCGGCAAAUCCCUCCCAGAGCCACCGUCGAUCGCACGGCCCUCCAGUGAACGGGAUGUCCCUAGUCUUUCCUCGUCCCUAUCCACCGUUGUAGGUGCCGAUGGCCAUCGCCUGGAAGUUAGCAGAUCCGAGAGCCCUCGCCCGCAGAGAACACCACAUGCUCUGCUUCGACGCCGUCGCCGUCAUUCAGGCAGCGGCCUCGAAAGACAACGCAGCAUGAGUACCAGCAAAGCCGGCGAUCUGCUAUACUUUGAAGACGACGGCUAUGGCGGAGAUCGAGAAGAUGGAAUAUUCCAAAUGGAAUCCGAUGACAUCCCUUCACUCACCUCGGGCAUUGAUGCCUUGGAUAUCAAACCAAGGGGUGCCCUGCAACAAUCGCGGCAGGCCACUGUAGACACCAAGGAAAGCCCGACAUUGCCCGUUACACUUGGCACCCAUACUGGAGAACCCAUUCGCCUGCCUGUCAAUCCAAAGGAGGCCCAAACAAUGCAAGAUGAGCGUGUUCAAUUCUUCUUGCUACUGGAAGACCUCACUGCAGGCAUGAAUAAGCCGUGUGUGCUGGACCUGAAAAUGGGCACACGCCAGUAUGGCAUUGAGGCAGAUGAAAAGAAAAAGAAGUCCCAAAGACGGAAAUGCCAGACCACCACCUCGGCACAACUUGGCGUUCGGCUUUGUGGCAUGCAAGUAUGGAAUGUCAAGAAGCAAGAGUAUCUCUUCGAAGACAAGUACUUUGGUCGCGAUUUGACAGCUGGUAGAGAGUUCCAGGACGCGUUGACCCGGUUUUUAUCCGACGGUGUCAGUUCCUCCAGCGUAUCGAAGAAAAUCCCCGUUAUUUUGAACCAACUGUCUAAGCUUGAGGCUAUGAUCCGCGGACUCCCUGGAUAUCGCUUCUACGCCAGUAGUCUGCUGAUACUGUAUGAUGGAGAAAAAGCACCAUCGAAAAACGGGGCGCAGAAAAACAAACCCAAGGAUUUGGACUCCAACGGUGACAGCCACCACAAAGUUACUUUUGAGGAUAAAUAUGACCACUCUGGUUUACAGCUGAAAAUCGUUGAUUUCGCCAACUGCGUAACUGGAGAAGAUGGCAUCCCUGCAGAUACUAUUUGUCCGCCGCAUUAUCCGGGCGACAUCGACCGUGGCUAUCUACGUGGCCUCCGCACGCUCCGAAUCUAUUUCCAGAGAAUUCUCAAGGAGAUUAACCAAGAAGAUUACGUGGAGCGCGGCGAGGGCGAAGCCAUGGCCGUUGGACCCCGGAGUGCUGUGCGCGAAAAUUCCAGCAAUAACUACUGGGAGGACGGCAUUAUCGAGAGCGACCCCGGACAAGUCAGUAUGUGA